AUGGGAGGCAAAGAUACCGAGGCUGUUGCGGCCCACAUCGAGAAGGCAACCAAUGUCACUGACGAUGCUGCUGAGCGAGGCCGUCUCAUCCAGGAGCAAGAGCGCCAGUUGAGUCUGUGGGCUACAGUGAAGUUGCAUCCUCGAGCCGUGCUGGCCUGUAGCGUGGCCUUUGCUGCAGGCGCAAUGUUUGGAUACGAUCAGAUCUCCAACGGUUCUACGAUUGCGAUGCCUGCAUUCAUGAUGUACUACGGUGAUCAUAACGAGUCAGGACUGUACCUCCCAUCGAUCUGGACGUCGCUGUGGACGUCGAUGACGUCCUUGCUACAGGCUGUCGGGGCCAUCUGCGUGGGUAUGAUCUCGGACAGAUUCGGCCGGAAGUGGCCAGGAGUCAUGGCAGGAAUUCUCUCUAUUGUUGGCACUGUUGUUCUAUAUUAUGCGAAAAGCAGGGGUGCACUCCUUGCGGGGAAGAUGGUUUGUGGGUUGGCACUUGGAGCUGGGAUGGCAAUCGGGACGACGUAUGCGUCCGAGGUUGCGCCCUUGAAACUCCGCGUGCCGAUUCAGACGAUUCUCGUCGUCUUUAUUGUCUUCAUGCAGGGACUGGCGAUGGGGAUCGUGAGGAUAUUCGUUCCUAACACUGAUGAGCAAGCCUUCCGGAACGUUUUUGCUAUACAGUGGGCUGUAGGUGGGAUCUUUGCGGUCACAUGCUUGUUUGCUCCCGAGUCUCCCGUCUAUUUGAUCAACUCCGGCCGCGUUGACGCAGCGGAAAAAGUCAUGAAGAAGCUCUACAGCUCCAAAUUCAGCAUCGACGACCGCCUGGCGUACCUCGUCAAAACCAUCUCCGAAGAGCAAGAGCAGCAGCGCAUCUCCGCGGGCUCAUAUCUCGACUGCCUCAGAGGAUCAAAUCUCAAGCGAACACUUACUGUCAUGUUCCUCUACAGCACCGCGAACCUUGGCGGCGCCGCUUUCCUGUCACAGUCCAUCUACUUCCUUCUCACACUCGGGCUGCCAUCAGUGCACAUCUUUGACAUCUCCAUCGGCGGGUUCGCUCUAGCCAUCAUAGUCAUCCUCCUAACAGGCUUUAUCGGCAAGUUCCUUAGCAGGCGAAGGAUGCUUCUUAUGGGCUGCCUCAUCAACCUGGCUUUCCUCGUCGUCAUCGGCUGCCUCUACUACGCCUCUGGCAUGGGUCCAUCCUGGGCCAUUGCGGUUCUCAUGAACAUCCUUAUCUCCAUCCAAACAAGUCUAAUGCAAGCCGUCGGCUGGCCCAUCGCCGCCGAGAUCUCCUCGUACAGACUACGUGUCAAGUCGCUAUCAAUCGGCGUCUUCGCCCAAACCCUCUCGACCUGGGUCAUGACAUUCACAGUGCCUUAUAUGUACAACGUUGACUCUGGGGACUUGGGCGCCCGCACGGCGUUCCCCUUUGCAGGUAUCACAGUGCUUCUUGUUAUAGGCGCAUACUUCCUUGUUCCUGAUACGACGGGCCUGUCGACGGAGGAGAUUGAUCGGCUGUACGAGGAUAAGGUCAGCCCGAGAAGGUUCAGUUCUUUUGUCACGCAUGAUGUGCCGCGUGUGGCUGAGUAG